UAAAGAGACUAAGACUGAGCUGUGGGUCAAAAAACGAUACCAACCAAAACACAAAAAACGAUAGCAGCACAGACACGGACACAGUACCGCCACUACACAGAGACGUGCACUCAGUCUUCGAUCGGUUGCUGCUGCUGCCAGUAUGGCCUAACUUACGUGGCUUUUGCUUGCCGACUGUUGCUGAAGAUUCCGUGAACAAAUGGACUUGGUAUCUAGUUGUAAGGAAAAAUUGAAUUCUUUUCGCAUAAAAGAGCUCAAAGAUGUGCUCACUCAAUUGGGACUUUCAAAGCAGGGAAAGAAGCAGGAUCUCGUUGAUAGGAUAUUGUCUAUUCUCUCAGAUGAACAGGCUUCCAAAAUGUGGGCUAAGAAGAAUGUUAUUGGGAAAGAACAGGUGGCAAAAUUAGUGGAUGAUACCUUUAGAAAAUUGCAGGUAUCUGGGGCCAUUGAUUUAGCAUCAAAGGGACAGGGUUCCUCCCCAGAUGUCAGUAAUGUUAAAAUUAAAGGUGAAGUUGAUGAGGUCUUUCAGGAAGACACAAAGAUUCGGUGUCUUUGUGGUAGUUCGUUGGAAACUGAUCCACUGAUAAAGUGUGAGGAUACAAGAUGCCAUGUGUGGCAGCACAUUAACUGUGUUAUUAUUCCAGAGAAACCUAUGGAACCAAUUCCACCCCUUCCUCAAAAAUUUUACUGUGAACUCUGUCGACUCACUCGUGCAGAUCCGUUUUGGGUUUCAGUGGCCACCCCUAUGUUUCCUGUGAAGUUGACUACAACCCAUAUUCCAACUGAUGGAGCCAACCCAGUGCAGAGUGUGGAUAGAACAUUUCAACUUACAAGGGCAGACAAGGACUUGGUAUCAAGACCAGAAUUUGAUGUUCAGGCCUGGUGCAUGCUGCUGAACGACAAAGUUUCAUAUAGGAUGCAAUGGCCACAAUAUACAGACCUGCAGGUCAAUGGUGUUCCUGUUCGUGUGAUUAACCGACCUGGUUCACAACUGCUCGGGGCUAACGGCCGUGACGAUGGCCCAAUUAUCACGCCAUAUACAAAAGACGGAAUUAAUAAGAUUUCCUUAACAGGGUGUGAUGCUCGCAUUUUCUGUUUAGGGGUCCGUAUUGUUAAAAGGCGUAGCUUGCAACAGAUCCUAAACACAAUUCCCAAGGAGUCUGAUGGGGAGCGUUUUGAAGAUGCUCUUGCACGUGUAUGUUCUCGUGUUGGGGGUGGAAAUGCAGAUGAUAAUGCUGACAGUGACAGUGAUUUGGAAGUGGUCUCAGAUACUUUUACCAUCAACCUUCGUUGUCCAAUGAGUGGUUCAAGAAUGAGGGUUGCAGGAAGAUUCAAACCUUGUGCUCACAUGGGUUGCUUUGAUCUUGAAAUUUUUGUGGAAAUGAAUCAACGCUCAAGGAAGUGGCAAUGUCCCAUAUGUCUUAAAAACUAUGCAUUGGAGGAUAUCAUUAUUGACCCUUAUUUUAAUCGGAUAACUUCUAUGAUGAGAAAUUGUGGGGAAGAUGUUACUGAAAUUGAGGUGAAGCCUGAUGGUUAUUGGCGUGCCAAGGCUAAGAGUGAAAGUGAACACCGGGAGUUAGGGAAUCUUGUUCAAUGGCACUGUCCUGAUGGAUCCCUGGCUCUUUCUACCAAUGGAGAAGUCAAUGGAAUGGAGGCUUUAAAGCUCAAACAGGAAGAUGUUUCAGACACUCCAACUGGUCUAAGAAUUGGCAUGAAGAAGAAUCAUGAUGGGGUUUGGGUAUUCAGCAAACCUGAGGACACAAAUACCUCAUCUGGCAAUGGAUUGAACAAAGAUUUUGGAAAUCAUGAUCAUGUGGUUAUACCAAUGAGCAGCAGUGACACUGUAAGUGGUCGGGAAGGUGAUGAUCCUAGUGUAAAUCAGGGUGUCGGUGGGCAUAUUGAUUAUUCUCCUACCAAUGGGAUUGAGAUGGAUUCAGUGCCUCACAAUAAUGUUGAUUCAGCUUAUGGAUAUACUGUACCUAACCCUUCUGCUCUGGCAGCUGAUGCAGAAGUUAUUGUUCUCUCUGAUUCAGAAGACGACAAUGAUAUAUUGGUAUCUUCUACAAUUGAGUAUAAAAAUAAUGAAACUGGUGCCGCUGAUACUGAUAUUUACUCGAUGCCACAGCCUGGAAUUAUUGAUUCAUAUACAGAUCACAAUCUUGGUGGAAAUCCAUGCUUAGGUCUCUUCAGUAACCCCAAUGAAGAUGAUUUUGGGAUGCCUUCUUCCAUCUGGUCAUUGCCUUCAGGAACUCAGGCUGGCUCAGGAUUCCAGUUAUUUAGUUCAGAUGCAGAUGUCUCGGAUGCAUUGGUCCACUUGCAGAAUGGUGAUUUAAAUGGUUAUACGUUAGCUUCAGAUACUUCUGCUUUGGAAUCCAAUUCUUUGAUACAAGAUUCCUCUGCAGGUCGAUCUGAUGCUGAUUUAAAUGGUGGUUUGGUUGGUGGUUUGGUAGACAAUCCUCUGGCAUUUGCUGGAGAAGAUCCCUCACUUAAGAUUUUUCUUCCAACAACACCACUGGAAUCAUCUGUGCAGCAUGAAUCAAGAGAACAGGCAGAUGUGUCAAAUGGUGUCUGCACUGAUGAUUGGAUCUCUCUUAGGCUUGGAGGUGGUGCUGGUGGAAGUAAUGGUAAUGGUUCUGUCCCCAGUGGGUUGAAUUCCAGAUCGCAGGCUACAUCCAGAGGAGGUGCAACAGACACAUUGACAGAUACUGGUUCUUUGCUGCUUGGUAUGAAUGAUGCUAGAUCUGACAAAGCAAGUAGGCCAAGAUCUGACAGCCCAUUCUCAUUUCCCCGCCAAAAACGUUCAAAACUGAAGAAAGCUGAGCAGCGAUAUUGGUGCUCAGGAAAUGGAAGUUGAUGAGGGAAUGUGAAGGAAUCUACUUACUAGCUACAAAUUUGCCCAUCCAAUGUUUUGCCUUCCGGAUGUAUUUUUGGUCCGUCGCAGGCUAUAUAAUUCGUGUUAUCAACUAGGCAUGCUACAUUGUCUGGAUGGACGUAGUUCAUUUUGAUAUGGUGGGGAGUUCUGCAUUGAGAAUAUUUUAUCUUCAAUUUUGGCUCUGCUGAGAGCAAAUUACCUGUAAAUGUAUAGCCAUCGGAUUCUCUAGUAAAAUAUCAGAAUUCAGAAGUAGGUUUAUCUCAAUCACCCCCAGCUAUAUGCCCAAUUUUGUAAUAUAUGAUUUACCCGUUUGUAAAGGAAACUGGUAGAUAAGUGAUUAAGUGGUACUCUCUCCUCCUUGAAA